AUGUUAAAAAUUGUAGAUAAGUUUAAAGAAUUGGUUUCAUAAGAGUUGUGGAUAAAGUUCUUUAAUUAGAUUAAUGGUAGAUUGAUGCUUAAAUUAAUAAUGCUUAAGUCAGUUGUUUGUAAGCUUAACAACCCUAUAAAGUCGUAAUGAUGCUUGGGAUUUUGUUUGGUUAUAUAGGGAGUUCUGAAAAUAAAGUAAAAUUCAAUAUGAACGAAGAUUUAGAUUAUAGUCAAAAAUUGACUAAAACUAUUUUAACAAAAGUUGAUGGAUAUUAUAAGUAAUUGAUCUUGCUUUCUUAUUUAUCUGAAAAAUAAUCAACAAAUUUAAUUUAUCAACCAAUUACAUUAAAUAAUUUUACUAUUUCAAAUGACACAUUCACUGAGAAAUACAUAAUAUAACAUAAAUUGAACUAAAAUAAUAUAUCUUUAUAUAGAUCUCUAUAUAAAGUUACAGAAUAAAUGAAUUAAGAAGGAUGGUUAUAAACAAUAAAACUAGCAUAAAUAGAUAAAUAUAUUUUAGAAAUGAUGUUUAAUUAUGAUGAUAUGAUGAUAUUUUUUCAUCAAUAUUACCUUAUAAAUAAGCUAAAUAAAAUUAUUCAUUACUUCCCUGUUAUAUAAAAUAUGAAUGAUAGUUAUCUCUAAUUGGAAUAAAAAUAAUAAAUAUUAUACAGCAAUGAGACAAUAAUAUUUUCAUAUCCAACCAGUUAUGGUAUGGUUUUAGGAAUUGGAUAUACAAAAGUUAUUGCACAAAUAUUAUCAAAAUUGUAGUCAUCAUUUUUUAUCAAAAUAUUCAAAACUGAUAACUCUUUUUAUGUUUCAAAUGAUUAAAACAUAAAUGAUCAAUGCGAGUGUUAAAUGAAUAGAAUUUUGAAUAUAAGUUUUGAUUGUGAUAUGCCAAGUGGAGAUAAUAACUACUAUUCUAGUAGUUCAUGUAAUUCUUUAUUUGUUAGAGAUAUUUCAACUGAUAGUCAAAUUUAAAUAUAUUUAGUAAUUUACAAAUAAAGAAUAGAUGAUUCAGUCAAAGCCUUAGAUUUAUUUAAUUUGGCAUGGCCUUAUUAUUUAAUCAUAAUAGUUAUAUUUUUCAUUAAUAUUUUGAUUAUCAUAAAUAGAGUCAAUUUAUUUACUAGAGAUAUUACUAAUCCAAUAAAGUAAGUUACUUAUAAAAUUGAUAAAAUCAUAAAUAAUAUAUUUUAAAUAAGAAUCAUAAACAAAAUAUAGGCAGAUGACAUUUUAAUAAAGGAGGACACUGAGGUACAGAUACUAAUUCAUGAGUUUUCUCGCUUAUUUGAAUAAUUAAGAAAUAUGAACACUUUUAAUAUCCAAACAUUUGA